AUGUGGUCAAUAGGACUAUCAGUUAAUUUAAUUAGAAGUAUUAUAGAAGAAUCAAUUGAUCAAGUAAAAGAUAUAUUUAGAAUUAUAAGAUCUUUUAAUAUAUAUAAUUCUUGCGAAAAACGCAGGAUGGCGACCAGAACUAAGAAAGUUCUCCACAAUGCUCGCUCCCGAAGCCAAACUAAAUUGGUGUAA